AUGGAUAUCAUAUUGCGUUAUCUGCGUUGCGCUCAGAAUUACGAUAGCCGGCUUGUAUUUUGUGUUUUGAAGCUUUUGAAAGAAACAUAUGAAAAUCGCUCAAUGGAUAUCAUAUUGCGUUAUCUGCGUUGCGCACAGAAUUACGAUAGCCGGCUUGUAUUUUGUGUUUUGAAGUAUCUUUCGGGCCUUCUGGUCCAUCGCAAGUUGGCUUUGGAUUUUGUGGCUGCUGGUGGCGUGGAGCUCCUGGUGCGCGUCCAUCGUGAAUCAGUGGCAUCUGUUGUAGUUGCAACAUGUCUGUACUAUCUGGCAUAUAAUGUAGAUGCAAUGCAGGAUGUGUGCAUUUUGCCCGAAGACACACUUGAUAAAGUUGUGGAGUAA